UGGAGCACGCUCGGGAACUCCGCCGCGAUGCUGGCCCGCGCCCUGGUGCUCUGCGCCGCCCUGGCGGUCGUCCGCGCAGCAAAUCCUUGCUGUUCCCACCCAUGUCAAAACCAAGGUAUUUGUAUGAGCACAGGAUUUGACCAGUAUAAGUGUGACUGUACCCGAACAGGAUUCUACGGCGAAAACUGCUCAACACCGGAAUUUCUGACAAGAAUAAAAUUAUACCUGAAACCCACUCCAAAUACAGUACACUACAUACUUACCCACUUCAAGGGAGUCUGGAACAUUGUCAAUAACAUCCCCUUCCUGCGAAAUACAAUUAUGAAAUAUGUGUUGACAUCCCGGUCACAUUUGAUUGAGAGUCCACCAACUUAUAAUGUGAACUACGGCUAUAAAAGCUGGGAAGCCUUUUCUAACCUCUCCUAUUAUACCAGAGCUCUUCCCCCUGUACCUGAUGACUGUCCAACACCCAUGGGUGUGAAAGGCAAGAAAGAGCUUCCUGAUUCAAAAGAGAUUGUGGAAAAGUUUCUUCUGCGAAGAAAGUUCAUUCCUGAUCCCCAAGGCACCAAUAUGAUGUUUGCAUUCUUUGCCCAGCACUUUACCCAUCAAUUUUUCAAGACAGAUCAUAAGCGAGGACCAGCUUUCACCAAAGGAUUGGGCCAUGGGGUGGACUUAAAUCAUGUUUAUGGGGAAACUUUGGAUAGACAACAUAAACUGCGCCUUUUCAAGGAUGGAAAAAUGAAAUAUCAGGUAAUUGAUGGAGAGGUGUAUCCUCCUACCGUCAAAGAUACUCAGGUCGAGAUGAUCUACCCACCUCAUGUUCCUGAACACCUGCAGUUUGCUGUGGGCCAGGAGGUCUUUGGUCUGGUGCCUGGUCUGAUGAUGUAUGCCACCAUUUGGCUGCGGGAGCAUAACAGAGUGUGUGAUGUGCUUAAACAGGAGCACCCAGAAUGGGAUGAUGAGCGGUUAUUCCAGACGAGCAGGCUAAUACUGAUAGGAGAAACCAUUAAGAUUGUGAUUGAAGACUAUGUACAACACUUGAGUGGCUAUCACUUCAAGCUGAAGUUUGACCCAGAGCUGCUUUUCAACCAACAAUUCCAGUACCAAAACCGCAUUGCUGCUGAGUUUAACACACUCUACCACUGGCAUCCCCUCCUGCCUGACACCUUGCAAAUAGAUGACCAGGAGUACAAUUUCCAACAGUUUAUCUACAACAACUCUAUAUUAUUGGAACAUGGCCUUACCCAGUUUGUGGAAUCAUUCAGCAGGCAAAUUGCUGGCAGGGUUGCCGGUGGCAGGAAUGUUCCAGCUGCAGUACAACAAGUAGCAAAAGCUUCGAUUGACCAGAGCAGACAGAUGAAAUACCAGUCUCUUAAUGAGUAUCGCAAACGCUUUAGGCUGAAGCCCUAUACAUCAUUCGAAGAACUUACAGGAGAGAAGGAAAUGGCUGCGGGGUUGGAGGCCCUUUAUGGUGAUAUUGAUGCCAUGGAGCUGUAUCCUGCCCUCUUGGUAGAAAAGCCUCGUCCAGAUGCCAUCUUUGGUGAGACCAUGGUAGAAAUGGGAGCACCAUUCUCCUUGAAAGGACUUAUGGGUAAUCCCAUCUGUUCACCUGACUACUGGAAGCCUAGCACCUUUGGUGGAGAAGUAGGCUUUAAAAUCAUCAACACUGCCUCAAUCCAGUCUCUCAUCUGCAAUAACGUGAAGGGCUGUCCAUUCACUGCAUUCUCUGUUCAAGACGGACAACUCACCAAAACAGUCACCAUUAAUGCAAGCUCUUCGCACUCCGGUCUAGAUGACAUCAAUCCCACAGUCCUACUGAAAGAACGGUCAACUGAACUAUAGAAGCCUGUUAAUCCUAUUUAUUUAUUUAUAUGGACGAUUCCUUUUAACUUAAUUAUUUAAUAUUUAUGUUAAACUCCUUAUGUUACUUAACAUCUGUUAAGGAGAAAGGGGUCAUACUUGUGAAGAUUUUCAUGUCACUAUUUUAAAGAUGUCUUCGGGUUAAAGAGGAAAAGUUUUCUGUUUUAUAAAUGAGUUUGACAUCCUUUUACUUGAAUUUCAGUUUAUAUUAUUAUUAUGAACAAAAGCGAAGAUGUUGGAUAUUUAAAUGCUGUUCCAGGAUGACAAAAUGCUGCAAGUUUUUUUCGACACUAUCGGGAUUUCUAGUGUAUCUUCCCUGGUGCAUUAGAAGCAACUACCUGCACACUUUCUUUUCUUCUGUUAGCCACUGUGCUGGUAGAAACUCUCUUCUGAUCAGUUUACUUUCUUGUUUCCUUGAUUUUUAAGAUCUGAGUAUACCUUUCUUUGGACUCUGUCUAUACUUUCUUACCUGAACUUGUGUAAGUUUUCAGGAAAACCUCAACUCAGGACUACUAGUAAUUUAGCUCCUCUUAAGAGGAAUGAAAGGAAAAAAAAAAAACAGCCCUUAAAGGACUCUAUACACAACAGUAUACACUUAUUUUAAGUGAAAGGCAGCGAUCUUUUUGUAAAUUUUAAAUUGUAACAGAAGGCUUCAAUGAGGCUAAUGACUGACAAAGAACUGUAGGGGGUUCUUGAUGGAAGGAAGUCGUAUUUCUAUUAAGAAUAUCCUUUCUCAUUUAAAAGCAAAGUCAAAUUCUGAAUAGUUCCCGGGAAGAUAAUGUUUCUUUUCCACAUCUCAUUGUCAGCUGACAUUUGCUGGUACUGUAUACUUAAUUUAUUGAGGAUUAUUAUUUGUUUUGUUAGGAUGUUAUUAUAAACUAGGUUUAAGCUGCAAUCAUUUUUUUUUUUUUUGCAUUAUGUGAGAAUCAGUAUAUCUUCUUUGAGAUUAACUCUGAAUUAUUAUGUAAACACUAAGAGAAAUUAUUUGAGAUCUGUGAGUAAAUUUUCAGGAACCCAACUCUGGUAUAUUGAAAUAUGGCAAGUUGGAAUUGAAAUAUAGAUUUCCCUAUAUACCAGCCCACAGAGAACACUGUGUCUCAUUAACCUGCAUGUACCAUAAGAUCUUUACAGUUUUGAGGGACCUAUGGAUCCUUCAUUAAGUCAUUCAGCUAUAACUUAUUGAGGACACAGGUGCAAAUAUCACUGUGGGUUUUAAUAUUUUUUGUGGAUUCUAAUAUUUUUAAAUCAUGCACUGAUUACAGAUAACAUCAGUAUUUGUAAAUGAGAAAGCAUGUCUUUAGGUAGAGAAAGAAAAUGAAAUUUUAUUAAAGGAAAUAACUCAGGGGAAUUUUUAAGAUUUUAUGUUUAAAAAGUUAAGAAAUAGUCAAUAUUAGAAGGGCUUAUGUAAAAACUUCACUGAAAGAAAUUUUGUUAUUAAUAUCAAUGCCGACUGAAUUCGGAGUAUAAUAUAUGAAUGUUUUGGUGCCUCAGACAAAUGUGUAUUUAAAUUAACUUAUGUAAGAUGUAAGUGUUAACAAAUGCCUGUUUAUUUUUAUACUAUCUAAGAAUGAAAAAUCUCUUCUAAAAUAAAUUUUUGACUGUUUCCAUA